AUGUGUGAUGGAUGGACGGAUGGUAAAGGAAGAUCAUUGACUAAUUUUCUUGUUAACAGUCCAAGUGAGACUAUUUUUUUGAAAUCUAUUGAUAUUAGUGAUGUCAUUAAAGAUGGGAAGAAAAUGUUUGAGUUGUUGGACAACAUGGUGGAGGAAAUUGGAGAGGACCAUGUUGUCCAAGUAGUUACUGAUGGAGCUUCUAACCUUGUGGCAGCUGGAAGAAUGUUAAUGGAAAAAAGAACCAAAUUAUUUUGGUCCCCAUGUGCAUCACACUACCUUGAUUUGGUUCUUGAAGAUAUUGGAGAGCUUAUAGUAUUUUACAACACUAUUAGCAAUGCAAAGAAAAUCACUACUUACAUAUAUAUGCAUACAUGGGUUCUUAAUUUGUAUAGAAGCUACUCUAAUGGAAGAGAAUUAGAAAGACUAGUUGUCACACGAUUUGCUACUUCUUAUCUCACAUUAAAUUGUAUUAAGCAACAAAAGAAUGCUCUUAGAUCAAUGUUUGCUUUAGAGGAAUGGGCUACUAAUCCACAUGCUAAUAAAAGUGAGGGUAAGCAAGUUAUGAAUUUGGUGUUGAGUGAUGGUAGAUUUUGGAGAUCAAUCACCUAUUGCUUAAAAUGUGUGAUUCCACUCGUAAAAGUGUUGAGGCUUGUAGAUGGUGAUGCAAAAUUAGCUAUGCCAUACAUUUAUGAAGCAAUGGAUAGAGCAAAGGAGCAAAUUGCUGAAAAUUUCCAAAAGAUAAAAACAAGAUAUCACUAUGACAAAAAUUUCAAUCUGGAUAGGGAGGUCUUGAUUGGUUUAUAUGAAACAUUUGAAAGAAUGGUUUUGGAUGUUAGCACAAGAGUUACAAUUGAUCAACAACUUGAAAAGUUCAACGGAGCUAAGGGGCUUUUUGGAAUGCACAUGGCAAUAGCUACUAGAAACAAGAAACAACCUGCUCUUUGGUGGGAGAGUUAUGGAGGAGAAGGUAAAGAGUUACAAAAGAUAGCCAUUAAAAUUUUGAGUCUCGCAUGUAGUGCAACAGGGUGUGAAAGGAAUUGGAGCACCUUUGACCAAGUCCACACUAAGAGAAGAAAUAGAUUGGAACAACAAAGACUAAAUGCUCUUGUCUAUGUAAAGUACAAUCUCCAACUUGAGUUGAGACAAAAGAGUAGAGAAGAGAAGGGGGAAACUUAUGAUCCCAUAUGUUUGUCGGAUAUUGAAUCAGAUGAUGAAUGGAUUACAGAAAAAGAAAAUCCUUGUUUGCCUAUUGAUUCCUCAUGGAUGGAUAUACAUGAGUGCUUUGAUGAUGAAGAGGGAGCUCCAAACAAAAAAAAAGGAAGAGAGAUAAUUAUUUUUGUUCCUACCGAAUACCGAAGUACCCGCGAACACAAGGGUCUGAGUAUCUCCUUCCAAGGGCCUGAGUACCUCCUUCCGAUGAAGAGUUCCACUGGCUGGAGGCCUUCUAUGUUGUCCACUGCCGAAGUGUCCUCUCCAAGUGUGUGGGAUGAUUUAGGCGGAGAGCCUUCUAUGUUGCCCACUGUUGAAGUGUCCUCUCCAGGUAUGUGCAAUGAUCUGGACAAGGAGCCUUCUAUAUUGUCCACUGCCGAAGUGUCCUCUCCAGAUGUGUGCGAUGAUCUGGACAAGGAGCCUUCUGUGUUGCCCACUGUCGAAGUGUCCUCUCCAGAUGUGUGGGGUGAACUGGGCAGGGAGCCUGCAAAGCCACUCUGA